AUGGGCCGCCACACCCUCGAAUACCCCAAAUCAAAAACCAACACCGUCCGCCGCAAAGCCGACCGCGCAACCUACGCCCUCUCGGCAAUCCACUCCCUCAUCAACGCCUCCCACUUCCUCGACGUCGCCUUCAACCCCCCGGACGACUCCCCCUUCCCCACCAUCCUCCCCAUGAUCGGCCACAUGGGCUCCUUUGACCGUCCCAGCGCGGAUCUCGGCGACCCCCUCGACCUCUACCUCCACGGCUACGUCUCCUCCCGCAUGAUGAACCUCGCCCGCUCCUCUGCCUCCUCCUCUCAAGGUGGUGAUGAUGAGGAGGAAAAGCAAGGCCAAGGCCAACAACAACAGCAAGGCCUCCCCGUCUGCAUAGCCGCAUCCCACGUCGACGCCCUCAUCCUCGCCACCUCCCCCUUCAACCACUCCUACAACUACCGCUCCGCCACCCUCUUCGGCCACGCCACCCUCGUCACCGACGACGCCGAGAAGCUCUACGCCAUGGAGCUCAUCACCAACGGCAUCGUCCCCGGCCGCUGGGCCGCCUCCCGCCAGCCGCCCACGCCCGCCGAGAUGCAGAGCACCAGCAUCCUCAGGGUCGCCGUCGCCUCCGGCAGCGCAAAGUUCCGCGACGGCGGCGUGCGCGACGACAGGCACGACUUGGAGGACGACGAGGCCCAGGGCAGGGUCUGGACGGGCGUCUUGCCUGUGUUUACGCGGAUCGGGGAGCCGAUUCCUACGGGCUACAGUAAGGUCGAGACGCCGGCGGAUGUCAAGGAUUUUGUGAGGGAGUAUAAUAGGGAGAAUGAGGAGUAUGUUUUUGCGGCUGCGAAGAAAUAG